AUGGAUCAAGAACUGCUUUUCAUCUCCACAGACAUUACGGGGAAAACUAACGGUGACCCUUUCAUUCAGGAUGAGUAUGUACCGAUGAACUCGAUACUUUUUGUGAGUGUGAAUGAAGACGAGUUGGAUAUAAGACAAUUGAUUUCCCGAAUCCUCUCAGAGCGACAAUCAUUCGCCAAUAUCACCGAACAGGCACUCCAAGAGGAAAUUGCAUCUUUGAAUAGUAAAGCGAACCUUGCAGAAUAUAAUGAUCGUGGAGAAGAUGUGGUGAGAGCGGAAAAUUAUGUCUUUAAGGACGAGUCAACAGGAACAAGUCAACAAGAGAUUUUUAACAAUCAACGCAUGGAACUUUCUAAGGAUGUUGGCAAUGCUCUCAAUGAAGUAUCGCUUUCCUUGGACUUUGUCUCACUACUUAUAUCAUCGGUCAAACCGGCCUUAUCAAAGAAUACAAUGUCGCCACAUUUGCAAAAAUUUGUAAAACCAACGUCAUUGACCUCAGAUAAAUUAGAAAACGAAACAGGGAGCGGAAAUGGGAGUGCAAGUGGAAACAGUAUUGAAAGUACCUUCAAUGAAAAUGGUACAAAGAACACAAAGAUUGGCGAAGGUUGGAAAACAGAGGCUAUUGGCAAGAUUACCAAGCUUUUUAAAGAGUCUGCCGAAAAUUUGAAGAUGCAGGUUGCCAAAGAGAAUCGAUAUUGGACCAUGGUCAACUCCGUGAAAUCUAAUGAUGAAGCAUUAUUUAGAAUGAGAGAUCCAGUGAGUAAUGCACGAUCUAUUGGAGUUAAAUAUGGAUAUGGGGAUUCGGGUUCUGAUUUCCAAGAUAAAGGAAACGCCUUAUUACGAAAGAAUAAUCGGACGGGCGUGAUAACUUUUGUUCCUUUAGGUUCAACCGGUGCAAAUGGGGUUCAAGUGAGCACGAAACAAUACAAGUAUGUGCGAGUUCGUAUUUUAUCAAAAGUGGAUGAAGAUUAUAUCGUGACUGGCCAAUCCAAAUUUUCCCGAAGUCAAUUUAAAUCUCUGUAUGAAGUGAUUAACCAGAUAGAGAUGGCAAGAUACUUUCUUUUUGAAGAUGAUUUGUUUUAUCAGUUGUCUAGAGAAGCCAAAAUUUUGAUCAGUUACAACAUCACAGUGUCUGCUGAUAAAAUUACCCUUGCUUUUGGAAAUGAUAUUGUUGAGAUUGAAAGUGUCGCCUAUGACGAAUCCGAAGACGGUAAUUCGCCAGCACAAUCCACUGCAUCUUCAACAAUUAACAAUGAAAAGUGCCAAUGCAUUAUUAUCUAUUUCAAGUUGAUGUUAUGCUGUUUUUACAAGUAUAAUUUAAAACUAAAACAAAAAGUGCCUACGAACUUGACAAAGUGGAAGCAGAGCAAUUCGCACCCAUUGAUCCUACGUCCAUUCUUGGGCAACUUGCGUCACGAGAUGUUUGUGGAAACUGCGGAAAAAAUUAUUAAUGAUAUUGUCAAAAGUACAAAUCUACAAAAUGAGUUGAAUAUCAAAAAGUUCACCAAUUUGGGCAAGGUGUCUAAAAACCCUUUUCAAAAGUCGAUUGAUAAGCCUAUAUCUGUGUUUUAUUUGCAAUUGAAAAAUACCGAGCAAAAAGUUCUUAAAAUAAAAGUUCUUAUCACCACAAAUGAAUUGUAUGUCAAUUUGAUCUUGCGCCUCAACGUCACACAGUAUGAACGUGUUGAAGAUAGCAAGAUCGACAUUGGUGGAUCUAACAUUUUGCUGACAGACUUUAAUGAUUUCGACGAUUUCCAAACCAGUUUAGAUUGGACAAUUAGAGACUUUCAUAGUAAUUAA